AUAAUAAUAUUUCAUAUUAAAAAGUAGCAAGGCGUCAAAGGUACACCCUUUGAGAUAAUGAUAAAUACGCUGGCCUCGUUAACCGGUAGAUGCAAUUCCUUAACUAUUAACCAACCAUUCCAUCCAUAACCACACACUUUUACAUAAAGAUAAUCACACUUCCAAACACUCCAUAAAUUCCACAAAUGUCAACUGCUAAAGCACAGUCCACCGGCGGACCGAUUCCCGGCGAUCCGUUUCCCGGCGAUGGCAGCGACAUUUGUAAGAAAAAGAAGAAAACGUAUCUAGUUAUCCUCGCCUCCUUUCUCCUGGUAGCAGUGGUGGCCGGAACCGUGUGUGUCGGUUUAUCCCGGGAAAGAAUCACCGGCACAUCACUUUCUCCGGCAACUCACGCCAUUGUGAAAUCCUCUUGCAGUAACACCCUCUACCCAGAACUGUGCGUUUCCACCAUCGCCACCUCCCCCGCCGCCGGAAAACAUAAAAUCACCAGCCGGAAGGACGUCAUCCGGCUGUCGUUAAACAUCACCGUCACGACGGUGGAGCACAACUUCUUCACCAUUGAGAAGAUCGUCAACACGACAGGCGGAAGACUGACGCCGCGUGAGCGGACGGCGUUGCACGAUUGCCUGGAGAUGGUGGGGGAGACCCUGGACGAGCUCCACCAGGCCGCCGUCGAUCUUGAAAAUUACCCGGCGGCGAAUAAAUCGCUCAAGCUUCACGCCGACGACCUGAAGACUCUGAUGAGCUCCGCCAUUACCAACCAGGAAAGCUGCGUGGACGGGUUCUCGCACGACGGCGCCGACGAGAGCGUGCGCGAAGCUUUAUCAGCCGGUCUGAGUCACGUGGAAAAAAUGUGCAGCAAUGCUCUUGCAAUGACAAAGAACAUGAUCGAUGCCGAUAUUGAAGAACAGAUGAAACUGUCGAGAACCACCAAUCGGAAGCUGAAAGAAGUGAGCGGCGUAAGCGAAUGGCCGGAAUGGUUAUCAACUCAAAACAGGAAACUGCUGCAGUCGGUAACGGUGACGCCGGAUGUCGUGGUGGCUGCGGACGGAAGCGGUAAUUAUACAACGGUGUCAGAGGCGGUGGAGAAUGCGCCUGAGAAGAGUGAGGUAAGGUACGUAAUAAGGAUCAAGGCAGGGGUAUACCACGAAAAUGUGGAGGUGCCCAAGAAGAAAACAAACAUUAUGUUCAUUGGAGAUGGAAGAACCACCACUAUCAUCACCGGAAAUCGCAGCGUGGUCGGCACCAACAGCACCACAUUCCAUUCCGCCACCGUCGCUGCGUUUGGAGCGGGAUUCUACGCGCGAGACCUAACCUUCGAGAACUCGGCCGGCCACGAGAACCACCAGGCGGUGGCACUCCGGGUCGGGUCCGAUCUAUCGGCAUUCUAUAGAUGUGACAUCCUCGGUUACCAGGACACCCUCUACGUCCACUCCAACCGUCAGUUCUUCAUUGAAUGCCUCGUCGCCGGCACCGUCGAUUUCAUCUUCGGAAACGGGGCGGUGGUGCUUCAGAACUGCGACAUCCACGCCCGACUUCCCGGUGACGGCCAGAAGAACAUGAUAACCGCCCAAGGGAGAAAAGACCCGAACCAGAACACCGGAAUUGUGAUCCAGAACAGCAGAAUCGGAGCGACAUCCAAUUUGAAACCUGUCCAGAAGGAUUUCCCGACGUAUCUUGGCCGUCCAUGGAAGGAAUUUUCAAGGACUGUGAUUAUGCAGAGUUCGAUCAGUGACGUCGUCCACCCGGCGGGCUGGCAUGAAUGGGCCGGGGAUUUCGCGCUCAAAACGUUAUUUUACGGCGAGUAUAUGAACACCGGAGUUGGAGCAAAUACAUCUCAGAGAGUCAAUUGGGAAGGGUAUAAAGUUAUCACCGACGCCAGUGAGGCGGAGGAGUACACGCCGGAGUCGUUCAUCGCCGGUGGCACGUGGUUAAAUGGAACUGGGUUCCCUUAUUCGUUGGGCCUCUGAGAAUGACCCGGCCCGUAUACAUCCGAUUCGAUCUGCAUAUGCCUAGUUAAUUAUACCCACGUGGUCCACUUAUAAUUUUUCAUUAUUAUUUUAUCUCCUUGUGUAAUUCAAUUCAAUUUUAUCAUUUAUCAUCAUACUCUAAAACGGAGUAAUAAGAACACAAUCAAGACUGUAUGGUACUAUGGUCUACGAUGAGCUCAUAUUUCAUAGUAUUCAUAAAAUUAUCCUCUGUAGGAUUAAUGUAUAUGUAUCUUUUCCACAUGUAAGAAAAGAAUACGCUAAUGAAUGCAAUUUUUAUUCCUUUUAAAAUAA